AUGAUUACACUUUCGAAUCAGAUCGCAUUUAUUCUGAUUAGCCCUUGUCUGGGGAACAUAUCACAUCUUUUGUCAGAAUCAUCUACAACGACUACUCCACCAUCGCUUCCUAAACCUUAUAGCUUUCAUUAUCAAGCAGGACGAUAUCCUGGAAAUAUAGAUCGUGUUCAUCAAGAAAGUGGAGAUGGUACUGGACAUGUUCAAGGUUCUUAUUCUUUUAUCGAUCCCAAACAUAAAAUACGAACAGUACAAUAUAUAGCCGAUGAAAAUGGAUUUCAUGCAUCUUUAAUAAAUUAUGAAGAUACAGUUAUUCAACCUGUCGAUUCUGAAACAGUAAGACUCGCGAAGGAAAAACAUUUUCGAUUGUAUCAAAAGAUAGCUGAAGCAAAUGCUCAUGGUGUUCCGAUCAAUCUUCCACAAGAUUCUGCAAGUGUGGAGAAAGCAAAGGAUAAACAUAUUCAACUUUACCAAAAAAUCGCCGAGGAACAUGCGGCAAUUGCAGCUCAAAGGGAAACUGAACGAUUAGCCUAUGAAGCUACUUCUGUAGUAAACGAUGUAAAUCUCGAUCAUGCGUACUAA